AUGUCCGAACAAAGUCCCUCGAAUGGCACCCAGCCAUGGAGGCCCGUCUGCUCCAUCCUGGACACGGACUUGUACAAGCUGACCAUGCAGCAGGCCGUGGACCACCACUAUCCGAGCAAGAGAGUGGCUUGUGAGUGCAUUGUAUGCGCUCUCUUGCCAGCUAUCAGUAUUGCGACUGAUGCUCUCGUUUCCCUCCCAUCCAGAUCGAUUCACCAAUCGAUCCGUCGCAAUGAAAUUCACCCGCAACAGCGUGGCCGUGAUUCAGCGCUGCAUCGACGGUGAGUAGAAGCUGCGUGAGCGGCAAGACUUUGAGCACGCGUGCUUCGCUAAAGAGCUCUCGCAUCGCAGAUCUGGCUGGCUUGUCGCUGACUACUGAAGAGAAGGAAUGGCUAGAAAGGCGAUGCCCCUACCUCCAGCCACAUUACAUCGAAUCGCUCGCUGCUUUCCGCUUCAAGCCCAAAGAGCAAGUGACGCUCACAUUCGUUCCCGAACCAUCUGGAGAUGCAAAGCAAGAAGAGCAGGCGGAAGAGCUGGGUCAGAUCGAGAUGGACAUUCGCGGGCUUUGGAAAGACGUCAUUCUCUACGAAGUUCCGCUCAUGGCCAUCGUCAGCGAAGUCUACUUUUCCACCGUGGACAAAAGGUGGAGCAUGCGCGGUCAAAGAUUCCUUGCCAAGUCCAAAGCUGAACAGCUAGUCUCGGCAGGCAUUCGAUAUUCCGAAUUUGGCACGCGAAGAAGAAGGUCUUAUCUGGCUCACAAGGUUGCGCUGCAAGGCUUGAUGGAGGGCUCACAGGCAGGUGCGGGCGCUCUGCUCGGCACAUCCAACGUGCAUUUUGCUCAGCUGUACGACCUCAAUCCGAUCGGAACGGUCGCUCAUGAAUGGAUGAUGGCCGUCGCUGCUCUGCACGGCUAUGAGCAUGCCAAUCUUCGAGCCAUGCAGCUCUGGGAUGAGGUGUACAGUGCGCCGCAUUUUACUCCUGCUAACCCUUCCGAAGACCUCACGAUAGCGCUCACUGGUGAGUAGUCUCGCUCUUCACCAUGCGCUCGAUCAUGCUCGUCUGACCUUCUGCAGCCACUUGCGACCCUGUCUACAGACACCUUUAGCACUCGAGUCUUUUUCAGCGACCUGCUUUCCAACGAAAAAGGACAAGAAAUCGCACGUCGUUGGAGAGGUCUACGACAGGACUCUGGAGACCCUGCACAAUUUGUCAAGCGUACAAAGGAGGUGUAUGAUCAACUCGGAGUGGACAGCAGCAAAAAGGUCGUCAUCUUUUCGGACGGACUUGACGUGGCGCGCUGCUUGGAAUUGGCCAAGACGGCCCAAAACCACGGCGUAGGGUGCGGCUUUGGUGAGUGUCCGCGAGAACGGGGAAGAGGUGCGACUGCAUACAGCUCGUGAGUCACCUUGCUCACUUCCACUCGAAACCCAUUUAGGCAUCGGAACAAGCAUAACGAACGACUUUGCGCGUUUGGAAGAUCAGAAAGACCCGGAAGCGGAUGAUUAUGACGCAGCCCCCACCUCCUCUGAGCACACUCUUGCACGAUCAAAAGCUCUCAACAUGGUCAUCAAGCUGCGAGAAAUCGAAGGCAAACCUUGCGUCAAGAUUUCGGACGACCUCACCAAGAACACAGGAGAUCCUGCAGAGGUUGCAGCGGUCAAGAGGAGAUUCCACUUGGACGUGGUGCAGGACGCUAUCGAGGACGCAUGA